AUGCCUAUGGAGGCUUUCUUAGUAUCAACCACCAUUCCUUCCUCUUUCUCACCACCUACUCACAGCAAACUUUCUGCUUCAUAUCUUAAUCUUUCCCAUUUCACAUGGUACCCCUGCACCUCAAGAGCCACAAACCACAGAAUCCGUUGCACCAAAGCUCAAGCUGCAGGUUCAACAAAAUCUAUUACGUUUACUGCUGAGGGGAGUUCUGAGAAAACAGAGUCCAAGGAUGACAACUUAGUAUUUGUUGCGGCUGCUACUGGUAGAGUUGGUUCACGGACAGUGAGGGAGCUUAUUAAGCUUGGCUUUCGAGUCAGAGCUGGAGUGCAAAAUGCUGAGAGGGCUGGUUCAUUAGUUCAGAGUGUUGAACAAUUGAAGCUUGAUGGUGCAAGAGAGGGACAAGCUGUAGAGAGGCUUGAAAUUGUGGAAUGUGAUUUGGAGAAACCAGAUACAAUAGCAUCGGCAUUAGGGAAUGCAUCAACAGUGAUUAGUAGCGUUGGUGCCAGUGAGAGGGGAAUUCUUGACAUCACUGCACCCUUUCAAUUUCCGAAAGACUAUCAGGCCACCAAAAAUCUAAUUGACGCUGCAACUGUUGCCAAAGUGAAUCACUUCAUAUUGGUUACUUCACUUGGAACAAACAAAAUUGGUUUUCCUGCAGCUAUCCUCUAUUUGUUUUGGGGAUUCCUGAUUUGGAAAAGAAAGGAAGAAGAAGCAUUGCUAGCCAGUGGACUACCAUACACAAUAGUCAGAACUGCAUGUAUGGAGCAGCCUACUGAUGCUUUCAAAGAAACUCAUAACAUAACCCUAUCAACGGAAGAUACUUUAUUUGGGGGACAGGUGUCAAACCUUCAGAUCGCUGAACUCAUGGCAGUCAUGGCCAAGAAUCGUGAUCUUUCUUACUGUAAAAUAGUGGAGGUAGUUGCAGUGACAACUGCACCGCUGACUCCGGCGGAGGAACUUCUUGCAAAGAUACCCUCUCAACGGCCUUACAUUUCUUCAGCCAAGGAACCAACUACUGCUGCUGUCAGUGUUCCAGAACCCUCUGCAAAUGUAGUGUCUGAGGAACCUAGCAUUGCCACUCAGAAAAAAACUGCGCAACCGAAACCAGUGGCAAAUCAGCCACUUUCACCCUACACUGUUUAUGAUGAUUUGAAGCCACCUUCAUCUCCUUCUCCAUCUCAGCCUGGUGGCGGAGAAAAAACAAAGAUCAGUGAGACAGUGCAAAUACCAGGUGCUUCAAAUACUCCAAGUAGUGUGCAAGGAGUUGAUGGCAUCUCUCAUACAGCAUAUUCAUCUAAAGUGGAGAAGCCUCUUUCUCCUUAUGUAGCAUAUCCUGACUUAAAGCCUCCCACUUCACCAUCUCCAAAUGCACCAACUAUAUCAAUUUCCUCAUCGGUUGUGGAUGGGGUGCCAGAGAUAGUCACAGUCUCAAGCAAUGGACCAGCCCAACUUUCAAUAGGAGAUGAACCAAAGGAGGGACAUCUCCCUGAACGCAAGCCAAGACCACUUUCACCUUAUAUAAUGUAUGAGGACUUGAAGCCUCCUGCAUCACCAUCACCUUUCUUCAGAAAAUCUUAG